AUGGCUGAGGAAGGAUUAUCAACAAAUAUUGAACAUGAAAUGGCUGAAGAAGGAUUAUCAACAGCACCUCAAAAGAAGCCUAAAAAGAAUCGUGGACCUGCACGUGCGCUAAAACGGAAGAUUGGCAGUCAACAGCGAAGAAGGAUGAGGAGGAACAAUGCCCUUCUUGCGGCCACUCAAGCAACAGAAGAAAAUAAAAUUGGAGAUGAUGAUGAUGUUAUUGAAGAAACAACUACAACUGAAGUAGAUGCUUCUUCUACACAGGAGAAGGCAAAUGAUUUAUUUGACAACAAAAAUUAUGUGUCCGCAAUUAAAUACAACAAAUUGUACAAUAAAUAUUUGAAUCGCAAAAAAACUCCCUUCAAAUGUAUUAUUUGCCUCGAUGAAUUAAAUCAUGAUGAAGUUUAUAGUUUGAAAAAUUGUAAUCACACAUUCCACGAAGGAUGUAUUACCUUUUGGAUUGCUGGGGCAGAAAAUUGUCCAACAUGCCGUGUUCAAGCUUCUUUGGAUGAUAUUAAACAUAUGUUUUUCGAAGUGGUUGGAAGUCCUGAUGAUUCUGAUGAUGAGUUUACUCAAAGUUCAAGUAAUAUGACUAAUGCUGUGAAUAAUUUAAAUUCUGUGAAAUUUGUCCAAAUUAAAAACAAAUGGAGAAGAAAUAAUUGGAAUUUUAUUUGUUGUUCUAAAAACUGCAUUAAUUCAAACAACCCUUUUGGUACUUGUAUUAAUGGAAAUGGUUUUGGAAAUAUAAUUGAUGAUGAAAAUAUUAAAUACACUAAUUGUUUUGAUCAAUCCCUUUCUGUUAUGGCUGAAAAUGCAUUCAAAAGACCACAAAAUUGUUUUAAUUAUUCUUCGUUUUAUUUUGAAAUUAAAUGUAUAUAUCAAAAAGAUGAGAAAGAAAAUAAGAUGACGUUUUCUCUUGCUGAUUUAAAUAAGGAUGAAUGCAUUAGAUUGUUUGCACAUCAUGCAACAAUUAAACUCGAAGAAUCUAAAUUUUUCAAAAUUGAUCAUUUUGCUUUUAAUAACAACGACGUUUUUGGUUGCGGAUUAGUUUAUCCACCAAAUAAUAAAUUACAUGAACUUCCAUAUGCUUUCUUCACACAAAAUGGAAAACAAAUUGGUAAAGCAGUUUUAUUGACUUAUAAUUCUGACUCGUAUAAACCAUGUAUUUCAUUACAACGAUGUUCAAUUAAAGCCAACUUUGGAAAUGAUUUGGAGACAAAACCUUUUAUUUAUGAUAUUUCAAAGCAUACAAUUCUUAAAGAAUUUUAUUACAGUGAUGACCCUUUUCAAAUGUUUUAUUAA